AUAAAAGUCAAAAGGACGACCCCCACCUCCAAAUGAACCCCUCUACCACCUCUGCCAGAUUCGCCUCAGCUUUCCAAUACCAAGGACGAGAACCUCAGCACGCUCCACAACAAUAUUGUGGGGCUAAAAGAGAAAGAUCCUCAACUUUCGCUGGAGCCACUGAGUCUAUUUUUAAGCCAAAGCUAUCAAGGGGCAGGCUAUCAUCUUUUCUUGGUGAAAGCUUGUCAUCACAGCCUGGUUUGAGCAAGACUCCACUCCUACGAUCUUGUGGUGAAUUUUCAGCAACAUCCUUGGCAUCAGUACUGCCAAACUUGAAAAGCCGAGGUCGAGCCGUAUCUUUUGCAUCAGAAAAGACAACAGUCUCAACCAGUCUCCCGAAAUGUUGCAAGUGCGGUCAAUCUUUGCCUAAUUUGUCGAAUACCUCAGGAUCCCAGUAUCUGUCGCCUCCUUCCUACUGCCUUGUGUGCAUGAACUUCUCACUGAACAAAUCAACCUCAAGCUCUCCAUUACUUUCAGUGUUCACCAAGGCACAUACUGAAGAAGGAGAAUUUAAGCUCAGUGGAUCCACCAAGAAUGAUGAAAUUAGCUCCAGAUUUGAUAUGGAAUUGAACGCUUCCGAACCCUCUUCUCCGUCUAACUCUCCCGUUAGAAAUCUGAGAAAGCUAGAAAGAUCGCAGAAGAAAAAUAGAUCUUUCCCGUUGUGUUAGAUGACUUAAAGUCUAAACUUAGAGAGAAAUUCAACUCUCAGAUCA